CGUAGAGGGUAAAUCACAACUGUUGAAUAGAUAUUGUCUAAUAACCUACCUAAUUAUUUACAUGAAAUAAUGUGGUUAUCUUGGGGGUUUCCCAAUCUGUUUAAACAAUUAUUAGUUUCAUAUUGAUGCAUUGAUAGUAGUUAUAGAUCACCUGAGACGAAAUACAAUUUUAACCUCCAUAAAGGUAAGUUAUUUUUUUUUUUUAACAUAUUUUAUUUGUACAAUUUUGCAGACAAUCCUGUAUCACUUUCAAUACAAUCGAGUCAUUCCUUAGCAAAAUUUAUCAUUCUUUAAUCAUAUUGAGACAUAUAAAAGCUGGUUUACGCAUUAUUAGAGUGGCAUUUAGUCUAUUGAGAAACAAGAUAAACGUAUAUGAACAAAAAAACAUAAUUCAUAUUUUAUAUAAGAAGAUCUACACUUGUUGGAUGUACACAAUUAUAUUGCAUGAUAUGAUAUGAUCCAUUGUGUUGCUCAUAAAAAAUGUAAAAGCCUUUGAUUCAUAUAUUUAUACCUUGAAAAGAUCCAAAUAGGAGACCAUUUUUUAUGGACAUUUCAGAUUUGCAUUGAUGCCAUAUUUUUUAAUUAUAUAAGAUUCAUACGACAAGUCAAACAUAUAUCUAUAUCUGACAGACUUACAUAAAAGUCAUUAGAAAAUUUGGUGGAUUCUAUUCUAUAUAUGUCUUUUAAUUUCUAACUUAAUAGAACAAACAAAUUGCCUUAUCGUACCUUCUCAUUUUUUACGAAAAAAUACAAUUAAUUUCAAUCGAGAGGGGAAACUAAACAAAAUGGAUCUGGUACAUGUCGUUACAAUUAAAUAUCUUUUCAAAAUAAAAAUACAAUAUGCCUCUAUUUAACAAAACGUCAGUUUGUUUCGCCAAUUAGUCAACAUAAACUAGUUAUAGCAUGCACAACUAAGAUCUCACGGUUUAUAAGUCAUAGUCCUAGACAAUACACACACUUUAUAAAACAAAUGCAUAUAAGUCUUCUUUUAGAUAAAAGAAGAAUGCACAAAUUACUAGAAUGAUGAAGACACAAAACGUAUUUUCUGUAUCUGCUUUGGCAAUACUUAUAUCACAUUGUACAACAAUAAUAGAAUCAUGCAAUGAAGGUCAAUUUCAAUGUGCAAAUGGACAAUGUGUUUCAAGUAUAAAUAAGUGUGAUUUGUCCUUUGAAUGUGCAGACAAGUCUGAUGAAAUCAAUUGUGACGCCGCACUUAAUUGUCCAGAAGGUGGGUAUAGGUGUCAAACUGGAAUGUGUGUUGCCAACAAGAAUAUGUGUCCUGUGCAAACAUCUGAAGUUCAGAUAUCGCCAUCAAGAGAAGUAAACUUUUAUGUUUCAUCUACAUCAGCUUUAACAUCCACCGUUCGUUAUACUCAACUGUAUUCUUCAUUAACGUCUGAUUUAGAAAUAUCUGGAUCGCCAACUAUUACUAAACACAUGCCUUCAAAAUAUUAUUCGGCACAGACCCUUGGCAUCUUAUCACCGCAUAAUAAACCGACACUGUCAUCAGUAUUCAACUUAUCCUCAGUGUCAAUACUGUUUUCAAAAAGCACAAUUCAUUGGCAGACGUCUUCAUAUAUGAAAUUCGACAAUCGAGGAAAUAAUACCACAUAUCAUACUAUCACAAGUUCUGUCACAAAACCAACGGAAUCAUCAAUACUAGUAACAACACCCAAUCAUGGAGGUCAUGUUCCAAAUAAUACUGAAAAUACCUAUAAAUUUUUAUGGUUCCUUGCGUUGUUGCCAGUUAUAGUUUUUAGCAUCGGAGUAGUCUACUUGACCAAGUACAGGAAACGACGAAUGAGGAAACGAAAGGAUAAAUACAUAGUCAAAAAAAAAAAAGAAAAGAAAAUGCAGGAAAUGCAGCAACAAUAAAAUAAUUGAAAUUAUAAAUGGACUUUAAUGUAUCAGAUAAGUUACGUUCGUUGAAUAAAUCAUAUAUUCCUGAUGAAAUUUAUGUUUAGUAUACAAAGAGGAAGAAUACAUACACUAUAGUUUUUUUUCUGUAUUAUUGUAUGCUAGUUCAAGAUGUGUUUUCCCAAUUGUCCUCUUAUGUACAGAACAAUUCUUCCUCUAAAAACGUUUUACUAGACACGUUUUUUAUUCAUCUUUUACAUUGUUAAUUAUUUUCCAUCCCUUUCAAAACUCAGUCAUUUUAGUUUAAUGACUUUUUGCUGUCAUAAUACAUUUUAUAUGUUUACUGUUGUUGUGAUAUUUAGUCAGUUUUCUUAAAGAUAAGUACUCAAAAGUUCAAAUUACACUUAGAAAGAAAACUUGAUCGACUUUAUUUGGUUUUUCUGUCAUGCAUUAUUUGCUGUAUUGUCUGAAUAUUGCAAGACGUCGGUUCUACAGUUACUGACUGAAAUCUUCUUGAAGUAUUGCCACCAAUAUUAGAGCGUCGGACGGCAUAAUUUCAUAUCUAGCUUGUUUUUAUGAACUGUGAGCAUUCUUUGAUAUGGUAUAAUAUUAUCAGUAUAGUUUUGUUUUUAUCUGUGUUUUCUUAUCUGUUAUUCCGUUAUUAAA